CCUGUACAGCCGGCUACCUCCGCUGCAGCCAAUCGGCUGAGGGCAGCCCGGACUCCGGCGCGGCUCGUGUGGCGCACACGGCUCAUCCCCUCCCGGCCGCCGGGGAGCUCGUCUCUGACACAGCACAAGACGCGGGGGCCCCAGUCCGAGCAGCAGCAUGUCGGGCCCCGGACUGCAGGGGGAGAAGCGGGGCGAGGACUCCGGGCUGCUGCUGGACUUGCUGGGGGAGAAGCUGGUGACGGCGGAGCGGGAGGAGGUGGACGUGCAGUCCCUGGGCUCCCGGGUGUCCCUCGUCGGGCUGCUCUUCGGCUGCGGGGUGAGCGCUCCCUGCCUGCAGCUGCUGCCCAGCCUCAGCGACUUCUACUGCAAGACCCGGGACCGCCUGGAGGUCGUCUUCAUCUCCUCGGACCCCGACCAGAAGAAAUGGCAGCUCUUCCUGAAGGACAUGCCCUGGCUGGCACUCCCGUACCAGGAGAAGCAGAAGAAGUUGAAACUUUGGAACAAGUACAGAAUUUCCAACAUUCCCUCACUUAUCUUUAUUGAAGCAUCUACCGGGAAGGUUGUGUGUAGAAACGGCCUCUUAUUAAUAAGAGAUGACCCAGAAGGUCUAGAGUUCCCUUGGGGUCCAAAGCCCUUCAGUGAAGUUAUUGCAGGUCCUUUGCUCAGGAAGAAUGGCCAGUCCCAGGAUAGUAGUACCCUGGAAGGCUCUUAUGUUGGUGUAUAUUUCUCUGCACACUGGUGUCCUCCAUGUCGAAGUCUGACCAGAGUCCUGGUGGAGUCUUACCGGAAAAUUAAAGAGUUGGGUCAAAAGUUUGAAAUUAUUCUAGUUAGUGCUGACAGAUCUGAAGAAUCCUUUAAACAGUAUUUCAGUGAAAUGCCUUGGCUGGCUGUUCCAUAUAGUGAUGAGGCAAGACGAUCACGGCUGAACAGAUUAUAUGGAAUACAAGGCAUUCCAAAUCUCAUUAUAUUGGAUCCAAAAGGAGAGGUCAUUACACGACAAGGGAGAGUGGAAGUUCUUCAUGACAUUGACUGUAAAGAGUUCCCAUGGUACCCUAAACCUGUUGUGGAACUGACAGAGUUAAAUGCCGUUCAGCUGAAUGAGGGUCCCUGUCUUGUCCUUUUUGUAGACUCUGAGGAUGAAGGUGAGUCAGAGGCAGCAAAACAGCUCGUUCAACCCAUAGCGGAGAAAAUUAUAGCACAAUAUAAAGCCAAAGAUGAGGAAGCACCACUACUGUUCUUUGUGGCCAGUGAGGAUGACAUGACGGACUCCCUGCGGGAUUUCACUAACCUCCCAGAAGCUGCGCCUCUGCUGACCAUACUGGACAUGUCUGCCCGGGCAAAGUAUGUCAUGGAUGUGGAGGAGAUCACGCCGGAUAUUGUGGAGAAUUUCGUCAACGACUUCCUAGCAGAAAAACUGAAACCAGAGCCUAUUUAACAAGAUCUCGAUCAGUAUUCAUGCCUUGCAUAAAGAAUUAUUAUUUAAGAACACAAAUGCUUACCCUGUCGCCAUAAGGAUUUUAUCAUAUUAUCUCUCCAGAGAACGCCUUGUCAAGGUGCCUUUUGUGUCAUGGUUUUAAAAACUGAUCCUCUACCAGAACUGUCUGUUGCCAAAAGCCUCUUCAGAAAGCCUCACCAUCGUUUUGUAUUCCAAGCCUGGAUUUGUAUCUGUCAUCAGCAGUAGACCCUAAACCUCUGUCAUUGAGAAUUCCCUUUAUAUGGGUUUGAUAUGAUAACUGGGUUUGUAGUAAAUGUGUUUUUUUAGAAUUGGAUUUGUCACCUGUCCUCCCUGUCAGGUUCCCACUGCAUUUAUCAUGCCUUCUCCUGUGUUUCACAUGCAGUUUAAUGUUUUCUUUGCUUCAUAGCUUUUGUUCUGUUCCAGAGCCUUGUGACUUGUGAGCAGGGAUUCACCCAUCAGUAUUCAGUGUUCUCGGCUGGAUGGUAUUAGCAGUGCUCUGCACAUAACGUGUUGCCUGGCUUUCAGCCUCUUACCCUCAAUUCAUCACUGGCUUGCUUGUGAUAUCACUCGUUGUUACCAAGCCUUCACAUCUGUCAUCUUUAGGAGUAACUUAUAUUUUGUAUAUUGCUUUUACAACAAUUU